AUGCGCCUCUGCUGCCGGAUCCAGGACUGCUGGAACCGCCCCAUUGCCAGCGCCCCUGGGGCAUGGAUUGAUGUGAUGGACCGGGAGGACAUCGCCGGCAAGUACAAAUCCACGCGCAAGCUGGGUUUCACCGGCAAGCUGCAGCGCUGCCUGAACCUCGGCUCAUACAACUACCUCGGCUUUGCCGCCGCGGAUGAGUACUGCACGCCGCGCGUCAUCGAGACGAUGGGGCAGUGGGGGAUUAGCACGUGCAGCAGCCGCGCAGAGGGCGGCACCACGCCGCUGCACCAGGAGCUGGAGGAGCUAGUGGCGGAAUUCCUGGGGGUGGAGGACGCGAUCACCUAUGGCAUGGGCUUCGCAACCAACAGCGCGAGCAUCCCGGCGCUGUGCGACCGCGGCACGCUGGUGCUGUCUGACGCGCUGAACCACACGUCCAUCGUGGCCGGCGUCAAGGCGGGGGGCGCGGCGGUCAAGGUGUUCCGCCACAACAACGUGCGGCACCUGGAGAGCCUGCUGCGCUUCCACAUUGCUGAGGGGCAGCCGCGCACGCACCGGCCGUGGAAGAAGAUCAUAAUCAUCGUGGAGGGCAUCUACUCCAUGGAGGGGGAGGCCACCCCCCUGGCGGCCAUCGUGGCACUCAAGAAGAAGUACGGGGCCUACCUGUACCUGGAUGAGGCCCACAGCAUUGGGGCCAUGGGCGCCACGGGCAGGGGCCUGUGCGAGCACGCCGGCGUGGACCCCCGGGAUGUGGACGUGCUCAUGGGCACCUUCACCAAGUCGUUCGGCAGCGCCGGCGGCUACGUGGCGGGCAGCAAGCGCCUGGUCGACUUCCUGCGGCGGCACAGCCCCGCGCACCUGUACGCGGCGUCGAUCGCGCCGGGCGCGGCGAAGCAGAUCAUCAGCGCCCUGAAGCUGAUCCGGGGCGACGACGGCAGCGAGCGGGGCGCGGCCAAGAUUAAGCAGCUGCACGACAAUUCGAAUUACGUCAGGCAACAGCUGCUCGACAUGGGCCUCCACGUGCUGGGCGACUGGGACUCCCCCGUGAUCCCCAUCAUGGUAUACCACAUCGGCCUACUCGCCACCCUCUCCCGCAUGCUCUACUCCCGCCACAUCGCCAUGGUGGUGGUGGGAUUCCCCGCGACCCCCCUGCUGCUCUGCCGCUGCCGCGUGUGCAUCAGCGCCAGCCACACUCGGGAAGACCUGGACUACGCGCUCGACGCGAUCCGGGACUUAGUCCGGGCCGCCGGACUGGACUACGCGAACAAGGGCGGCGGCGGCGGCGGGCUGCGGGGCGCGUGGCGGCGGUGGGCGAAGGGCGGGUUCAGGCUGCGGCUGAUCCCAGACGGGCUGCUGGCGGGCGGGCGGCCGCACGCGGGCAAGGGCGUCGUCGCGGCGACGGCGGCGGCGGGCCCGGCGAGCCGGCGCAGCAGUGACGGGGCCAGCAGCAGCUGCAGCGGCGGCGGCGGCGCGGGGGACGGCGGCAGCAGCUGCAGCAGCAGCAGCGGGAGCGUCAGCGCGGAGACAAGCCGCGCGAGCAGCGUGGCGGGGAGCUGGGGGUCGGGGGUGGUGGUAGCUGACGAGAAGCUGCUGGUCGGCCCCAAGGAAGCCGCCGCACUUGCGUGCAUCCCGGCGGUCGUGCCGGCGGCCAUCAAGGCAGCAGUGGCCUAG